AUGGCGACAACGGACAAGCAGAAGCGACGAAUGAGUCUCGGGAAACUGCUGGGCAAGCGCGACAAAGACUCGCAGCACAGCGCGCAACCGUCGAACAACAGCAAUGUCGCCGACUCGGCGUACGCGAGCAGCGAGAACGAACCGAAGAACUCGACGGCGUCAGAGAACGUCCCGGUCAGGAAUGAUGGCGCGAUUCCGGGCGUGUCGGAAGACAGGAGAUUGAAUCUGAACCAGAAGACGGGCGAUGUGACGGACGAGGAUACGGGUGAGGUCCUCACGACGGUCACGACUACGACGACGACGACAACUACAACCACGACGGUCGCGGGCAAGGAUGGGAAGAAAGAGACGAAGGUGCACACCGUACCCGGAGAGCCCGUGAUCCAGGAGAUGCCCGCAGACACCCAGCCGACCGUGCAGUCGAGUAAUCUGCUGAACCCGUCCACCUCAAACAAUGGCGCUCGAUCAGAUGCGUCCCAUACCCCUCCCCAAGCACCCAACUAUACACCCGAUGUCCCGCGCAGAAGCCCGAAUCGCAAGUCUGCAGAGCUGAGGUACAAUCCUUCGCGGGACACUUUCAACUCGAACAAUUUCAAUCCGAACUUUGACAAUCCUGUAUCGCCGGUGGAUGCUCAGAACUCGAGGCAUAACUUCAGCUAUCCGAGUAGAGGCAACUUGCGAGAAGACGAAGGCGCGCCGCGACAUUCUGGCACGAUUGACAGCUUGAAAUCCGCUGCGAUAGGUUUGCAUGGCGUCGGCGAAACCCUCCGCGGCACUAUCAACAACGAGCUUGACACCCGCUACUCCCGCCGCAACCCCGACAAGGCAGCUGCGGCGAACGCCAAAAACGCCGCCACCCUCACAGCCGGUCAGCGUGAAAUGGCCGGCUUGAGGCAGCAGCGCGGCCUUGGAACCACCGUCGCACCGGACCAGCAGAAAGACCUACCUUAUCUGCCACAGAAUCCAACAGGGACAUACCAUCCCAACUCACCUCCACCACAAGGCGGGAUGCCACCACCGGGACAAAGUCCAAACAUGACCGCGCUGCCUGAGAGAAGCUGGGAGAGGCCGCUUGGGCACGGGUAUGAUGGGGAGCAGACUUAUCCGCCGCCAGCGCCAGAUAGUGUGGAUGCGAGGAGUUACGAGACUGGGGAGAGCUAUGGGUAUCAGCAGCAGCCGGCGGCGGCGCAGUCGAGUAGUUCGGGAGGUGGGUUUGGGAAGGGGAUGAGGAAGCUUAUGAAGAGGAGGCCGUGA